AUGGGUCUAGUAAAAUCGUAUGGAGAUCUUCUUGCAUGUCGUCUAUUUUUGGGUGCAUUUGAAUCUGGACUCUUUCCAGGCGCUAGCUUCUAUCUUUCAAGUUGGUACAAGAGACGUGAACUCUCAUGGCGUGUAAGUAUUCUUUUCUCGGCUGCUGCUCUUGCUGGUGCCUUCGGUGGUGUACUCGCCUAUGGUAUCAGCAAAAUGACCGGUGUUGGUGGACAAGAAGGUUGGCGUUGGAUCUUCUAUCUAGAAGAAAUUGGUUACAUUUGCAUGAAUCAAUAUGACACAACUAAAAUCGACAGUCGAACAUUCGAUUCUUACCAAUAG